AUGCUGGAAUAUACAUGGGAGCAAUUGAAACCUAUUUAUGAAAAAGGUAUUCAAAGUUCUUCAAGAAAAGAAAGAAUAAAUGUCAUAAAAAGUAUUAAAUCAAAUUUAAAUAGUAUAGAAGAAAACGAAAUUAAAUUAAUUGUUUUAGCAUUAUUAAACACUUAUAAUUAUUAUUCAGACUUGGAGUCAAGAAAUGCAGUAAUUGAUAUAUUAAAUAAAAUUGGAAAAAUCAACCAAAACUAUUACAAAGCUUAUGUGGACUUUAUAAACAAAGAAAUAUCAGGUACAUCAUUAGCAAUUACUGAUAAUUUAACUUUUUUACAAUGGAUUAAUUAUUUUAAUAUAGAAAUUGGAAAACAACAUCAACUAAGUGAUUUAAAUGUUCAAAUUCAAUCUAAAUUAUUUAUUAAAUGUAUUGAAUACCAAGGAAAUCGUCAUAGACAUUCAAAUAGAAUAAUAAAUGCUGCAAAUGUUGCAACAAAAAACAGUAUUGCAGAUACUUUAAUAAAUGAUGAAUCAUAUAUGGAUUUAAUUAUAAAAGCUAAAUCAUUUGCUUUAUUGGGAGUAUUGAAUAUGGCAUGUAUUGAUUUAGUAUCUACAAAACCAUCAGCCAUUGAAGAUUUGAAACAAUACGAAAAUGAAAUAUUGAAUAUUUUUAUUGAUCAAGUAUUAUUAGGUAAAACAGUACCAUCAACUAUUGAACUAGAAAAUUUUGGUUCAUGUACUGAAACUUUAAUCAAUGAAUCAAAUUUCAAAGAUAAAUUAAUACCAGCUAUAGAAAAAUCAAUACUAAGGUCUUCAGAUAAUGCUUUCACAGUAUUACCAAUUUUUUUCAAAUACCUCAAAAAUUUCACAAUAUCACCUAAAUUGUUAACAUCUAUAAUAAAUGGUGUAAAAUCUCAAAAGGAGAAUAUAAGGAAAGGUGCUUCAACAACUUUAACAUUAAUUUCUGAAAAUUCAAAAGAAGAUUUAUGUGAAGAAAUUUUCAAAGCUAUAAAAACCACUUCAAAUGCUGAUCAAAAAUCAUUACUCAUAAGGACAUUCUUUAAGUCAGAUUCAGAAAAAAUUAUAGCUUUUAUACUACCUUUGAUAAGCAAAGAAGUAAAUGAAAUAUCUUUGAGUGCUUAUGUUGAUGUAUUGGCAUACAACAUUUUCAAAAUUAAUAAAUUUGAUGAUGACGUUAUAAAAACCUUCACUAAUGGGUUCAACUCAAAAUUAAAAAGAGUUUGGUUUAAUGAGUAUGGUCGUCAUGCAAUACAUAAACCUGAUCAAUCAUCACAUUUCAAAAAAGUUUUUGAUGAAAAUUUAGCAACCAUCGAAAAAUCACCACUUGCUUCAAUCAAAACCAUAACCUGUGCAUUUGUCAUUCUCACAUUAACUCAUAAAACUUCAUCAAUAUUAUCAGAUUCCAAAAUAUAUGAAAAAUUAGAUUCUAUAGAUUUGUUUUGGUUUACUCAUGCAUUAUAUAAUGAUCCAAAAGGUUGGUUAUAUGUAUUAACUGGGAAAAAAGUACCAUAUAAAAUCAAAAAAUUAGCUCAACAUCGUUUCAAAGAAGAAAUUGAAGUAAAUUUAUCAUUAAGUGAAUCUAUAAUUGAAGAAUCUUUACAGCUUGAUUGGGAAGUCUACAACAUAAAAGAAAUCAGUGUAGUUUACGCUAUACUAACACAACUAAAAGAAAUUGAUCAAGUUAAAUCAAAUGCUAUUAAGUUAAUUAUACCUGCAAAUAACCCUGAAGUCAAUAUAACAGGCGGUUGGAUUGGAUUAAUUCAAAGAAGUGGCCAUAAAAUUGAUAUUGGAGAAUUAGUAAAUAAAAAUUAUCAAACUAUAUUUAAUGAAUGUGUCACCACCAAGAAUUCAAAUUCUAUAAAAGCAUUAGCUACCAUAGCAUUCAUUCAACCAGAAAUGACAUUAAUCACCAAAUUAAUAUAUGAAUAUUUAACAGUUGAACCAAUAGAUGAAACAUCAAAAUUAAUUUACCAAGGAACAGAAGGUGAACUUGUUAUUGAUGUGACAGCAAAAACUCCAAAAGCAUUAGAUAAAAAUUCAAAAGAUUAUGAAAUAAAAGCAUGGGAAGAAAAAAUGAGUAAAGAAUUAAAACAAACCAAGAAAUUAACACCAGAAGAAAAAAAAUUAGUUGCUGAACAAAUUAAAAAGGAAUCAGAGAUAAGAGCACAAGUUAAAACAACUGUUGACAAAGUCAAUUUUGCAAUUCAAUUAAUCAAAGAACUUGCAGAGCAAGCUAAAUUUGUAAAUAAUGGAGCUGAUUCUUGGUUCCCAAUAAGUGUCAAAAAGUUACUUGAUUUAGCUUUUGUGGAGGGUUCUUUUUUCCCAAGUAUUAAAACCUUUUUGAGAUUAUCAAAUUUAAUAAGUGAUAGAUUUGAAAAUCUAAAGUAUUUUGUUGGUAUUGCCAUUUUAAGACUUUAUGAUAUCAAAUUACCAAAUCCAGAAUUUGAACAAGAACCUUUAGAAUCUUUAUUAGGUAGAAUUUUAUAUCGUGUUAAGAUUUUAAGUGAUCAAAAUCCAUUAGAUGCUAUUUCAUUAUCAUAUAUUUUACCGUUGAUUAUCAAAGUAUUAGAAUUAGGACAAGUUGCUGCUUUUAAAAAUUCCAAAAAAAUCGCAGUCACCUCUGAGUUUGUUGAAAAUGACCCAGAAGAAGAAAAUCUUUUGUUAAGUGUUGAAAUUGUUGCCGCUCAUGCUGAAUUAUUUGCUGAUUCAAGUAUUCCAAGAAAUAGUAUAUUAAAAAUUUUAAUAUCAUUAAUGUCAAUUCCAUCAAAAUCAAAAUUAGUGAAAGAAUGCUUUUUAUCACUUUGUCAAUAUAUUGCUGUUAAUAUUUCAGAUGAAGAUUUACAAUUGUUAUUGAGUAAUGUUGUUUCACCAUAUGUUUUUGUAAGAUCCACAAUAUUGGAAGGAUUAGAUUCAGAAUUUGAAUUAUCUAAAUAUUCAAAAGAAGUAUUUGUUGAAACUUUUGAUACCGAUAACAAUUGCCGAGAAUUUGCUCAAACUAUAUGGGAAGAUAAUUCAUUAACAGUACCUGACUCAACAAACUUGUUGGAAUUGUUUGGUUUAAAAGAUUCUGGUUUAAGAUUAUCGGUAGCACAAGCAUAUAGAGAUGCUGCUUUACAAACAGGUUUACAAGUAGAAGAGCUUUUCAAUUUUUACAUAGAAAAGAAAAAUCCACCAGCUCCAAAAUUAGAUGAAUUUGGUUUAGUUAUCAAAUCAACAAUUGAUCAAAGAGAUCGUUGGGAAGAAAGAUCAACUAUUGCAUUUGCUUUGAAAUUUUUAGUUCCACUGUUGACAGAAUCAUCAGAUAUUGAAAAAUUAGUUAAAUUUUUGGUUGAUGAAGCUCUAGGUGAUAAAGAUGAACAUGUACGUCAACAAUUUCAAGAUGCUGGUAUUGAAGCAAUUAAAGUCCAUGGUGCUUCAAAUGUUGAAAACUUGAUCAAAAUUUUUGAGGAAAGUUUACAGUCGAAGAAUAUUAAAGAAUCAGUUGUUGUCUUGUAUGGUUCAUUAGCAAGUCAUUUGAAAGGGUCAGAUCCAAGAUUAAAAGUUAUAUAUGACAGAUUGAUGAAAUCUUUAGAUACACCAAAUGUUCAAUUUGCAGUUUCUGAAUGUAUCGCACCAUUAGUUCCAUCUUUUGAGAAAGAAUUACCAAAUCAAUUUGAUGAAUUAUUUGAAAAAUUAUUCGAUGGCAAAACUUUAACCAAGAGAAGAGGUGCUGCUUAUGGUAUUGCUGGUUUAGUUAAAGGAUAUGGAGUUAGAGCAUUAUCUGAAUUUGAUGUCAUUAGAAAUUUAACAGAUGCUUCCGAUGAUAAAAAGAAUGGUACAAAAAGAGAAGCUGUUUCCUUAGUAUUUGAAGCACUUUCUAGGUCAUUGGGUAAAUUUUUUGAACCAUUUGUAUUUGAAAUUUUACCAACCAUUUUAAAAAAUCUUGGUGAUGUUCAAAAUGAAGUUAGAGUUGCUACUGAUGAUGCAGCAAAAGAAAUUAUGAAAAAUACAACUUCAUUUGGUGUUAAAAAAUUAAUACCAUUAGCUAUAUCAAAUCUUGAUGAAAUAGCAUGGAGAUCUAAAAAGGGUUCAGUUGAAUUAUUAGGUGCUAUGGCUUAUUUAGAUCCAGAACAAUUAUCAGCUUCAUUAUCAAUUAUUAUCCCAGAAAUUGUUGGUGUUUUAAAUGAUACUCAUAAAGAAGUUAGAAAAGCUGCUGAACAAUCCCUUAAAAGAUUUGGUGAGGUUAUAAGAAAUCCAGAAAUUCAACAAAUUGUUCCUUAUUUAAUCAAUGCUAUUGGUGAUCCAACAAAACAUUUAAAUGAAGCUUUAGAUAAAUUAACUAAAACCCAAUUCGUUCAUUAUAUUGAUAGUUCUUCAUUAGCUUUAAUAAUUCACGUUAUUCAUCGUGCAAUGAAAGAUAGAUCUGCAUCCACCAAGAAAAAAGCUUGUCAAAUUGUUGGUAAUAUGGCGAUUUUAGUUGAUUCUAAAGAUUUAAAACCGUACUUGAACGAGCUAGUUGAGGAAUUAGAAUUUGCAAUGGUUGAUCCAGUUCCAGCAACAAGAUCAACAGCUGCUAGAGCUUUAGGUUCUUUAGUUGAAAAAUUAGGUGAAGAUCAAUUCCCAGAUUUAAUUCCAAAAUUAAUUGCUACUUUACAAGAUGAAACCAAAGCUGGUGAUAGGCUUGGUUCUGCUCAAGCAUUAUCUGAAGUUAUAUGUGGUCUUGGUGUUAACAAGUUAGAAGAAUUAUUACCAUCAAUUAUAUCAUCUUCAACAUCACCAAAAGCUGCUAUUAGAGCUGGUUUCAUGCCAUUGCUUUUAUUUUUACCAGUUUGUUUUGGUUCACAAUUUUCACCAUAUUUAAAUAGAAUUAUUCCACCAAUUUUAAAUGGUUUAGCUGAUCAAGAUGAAGAAAUAAGAGAAACUGCUUUGAGAGCGGGUAGAUUAAUUGUUAAAAAUUACGCUAAAAAGGCAGUUGAUUUAUUACUACCAGAAUUAGAAGCUGGAUUAUCCAAUUCAUCAUAUCGUAUUCGUCUUUCUUCUUUGGAACUUACAGGAGAUUUAUUGUUUCAAAUCACGGGUCUUUCUGGUAAAAAUGAACUUAUUGAAGAUCAAAUGGUUAACAAAACUUUGGCAGAUGUAUUGGGUCAAGAUAGACGUGAUAGAAUAUUGGCAUCAUUAUUUGUUUGUCGUUCAGACGUUGCAGGUAUGGUUAGAAAUGCAAGUGCUGAUAUUUGGAAAGCUCUUGUUUCAAACACUCCAAGAACCGUUAAAGAAAUUUUACCUUCAUUAACUUCAAUAAUUGUUACAAAAUUAGCGUCAGAUGAUGAAACUCAAAGAACUAUUGCUGCUCAUACUUUAGGUGAUAUGGUUCGUCGUGUUGGUGCAAAUGCAUUACCACAAUUAUUACCAUCUAUACAAAAUGCUAAAGAUCAAGAAGGUGCAUGUAUGGCAUUAACAGAAUUGAUUAAAUCAACUUCAUUAGAAGGUUUGACAACAUAUCAAGAUACUUUCAUUCAAAUUAUUUACGAUGGUUUAAUUAAACAAGAUAAACCAACAAGAAAUGCAGCAGCUCAAGCAUUUGAACAAUUAUAUGAACAAAUUGGUAAAGUUGUUAUUGAUGAAAUAAUACCAAAAUUACUUUCUGAAUUAAAUAAUUCUUCAGAAACUUCAUUAAUGGCUUUAAAAGAAUUAAUGGCUUCAAAAUCAGAUAUAAUUUUCCCAAUUACUUUACCAUCGUUAUUAAAACCACCAGUAGAUGCUUUGGCAUUAGCUUCAUUAGCUUCAGUUGCAGGUACAGCAUUAUAUAAGAAAUUAUCAGUUAUAUUAAAUACAUUAAUUGAUGCUAUAAUAAAUAAUGAUGAAGACAUAUCAGAAGAAUUUAAUCAAGUAUUAUUAUCUGUUGAAGAUGAUGGUGCACAUUUAUUGAUGCAACAAUUAUUAGCGUUAAUGAAACAUGAAGAUCCACAAAUAAGAGAAGUUAUAUUUGCACAAUUAGGAAUGUUUUUCGAUCAUGCAACUUUAGAUUAUUCAAUGUAUUUAGAAGAUAUUGUUUUCCAAAUGAUUUUAUCUUUAAGUGACCCAUCGUCAAAAGUGGUUAAAGGCUCAAUGGAAUCAUUAACUUCAUUAAUAAAACAACAACCAAAAGAAAUAUUAGAGAGAUUAGUCAAACCAUCAGCUCAAGCAUUAAAUCUAACUGGUGUUUCAGUGCAUGGAUUUGCAUUACCAAAAGGUCCGAAUUGUAUAUUACCUGUGUUUUUACAUGGAUUAAUGUAUGGUACUUCAGAUCAAAGAGAAUCUUCAGCUUUGGCUAUAGCAGAUAUUAUUGAAAAGACACCAUCUGAUAAUUUAAGAACUUUAGCAACUACUUUAACUGGACCAUUAAUUAGAGUUGUUGGUGAAAAAGUUGCAUCAAAUAUUAAAUCUGCAAUUCUUCUUGCUUUAAAUAAUUUAUUAAUUAAAAUUCCACAAUUUUUAAGACCUUUUAUUCCACAAUUACAAAGAACUUUUGUACGUUCAUUGGGGGAUUCAUCAAAUGAAACUUUGAGAAAAAGAGCUGUUAUUGCUUUAUCAACUUUAAUUAAACAUCAACCAAGAGUUGAUCCAUUAAUUACUGAAUUAGUAUCUACUGCAAAAACAACAGAAGAUUCAGGAGUAAAAGCAUCUAUGUUACAAGGUAUGUUAGCAGUAGUUGAACAAAAAGGUGAAUUUUUAAAUGAAGGUUCUAAAUCUAGUUUAUUAUCAAUAGUUGAAGAAGAAAGUAUUGAUUCAAUAUCUUCUGCAAAAUUAUUAGGUUCAUUGGCCAAUAUCUUGACAAAGGAAGAAACGACAAGUUUAUUACAAAAAAAAGUUUUAGUAAGUGAAAGUAAAUUUUCCAUUUUGGCAAUUAAUUCAUUUUUAAAAUAUGCACCUGAUUUAAUAAAAGAUAAUGAAGAUGUCAUUGAAUUUGUAAUAAGGUGUUCUGAAUCAUCAAAUGCUUAUAUUAGUGAUAAUGCAACUAUUGCAAUCGGUAAAAUUUUAUUAAGUGGUAACAAUAAUGAAAAUUUAUUCAAACAAUUAUCAAAAAUUAUAAUUCAACCAAAUUCAUCAUCACCAGAUACAAAAAGAUUAUCAUUAAUUGUUAUUAGAACUGUUGCUCAUAAAAUAACUAUACCAAAAGAAUAUUUUGAUUUUAUCGUACCAAGUGUUUUUGCAUCAGUACGUGAUCCAAUUAUUCCAAUAAAAUUAGCAGCUGAAAAAGCAUACCUUGAUAUUUUUAGUAUUGUUGAUGAAAAUUUAGUGGUAUUUGAUGAAUGGUUUAAUAAUCAAUCAGAAAUUAAAACCAUUGUUGGAACUUCAAUUGUACCUAGAUCAAUUGGUGAUUAUACAAAAAGAGUUGCAAUAAGAUUAGCAAAUGUUGAAAGAGAAAGAAUAGAACAAGGAGGAGAUGAAGAAACUUUAUAUAGUGAUAGAAUUGAAGAUGAAAAUGAAAUUUGGUCAGUAGGUAUUUAG